GUUUCCAAACAUGUCGUCUGAACACGAGAGCGCGGUGAUUUUCGGCAGUCGGGCUGACCUUCGCGCAGAGCGGAAACGCAAGCGUGAUGAGUCGGGGGACUGGGACAAGCUUAGCCACCCAGACUUGCGGAGCAUUCUGCAGCAGAAGGAGCGGCUUGGAAACAUUUUGAUGAAGUAUUACCCCACGCUCCUCCAUUUACCUGCGGAUGCCAUGCCUGAGACACCGCCUGUUGGCAACCAUUCCUACACGGUCAAGCCUGCAGGAUGCUGCUAG